AUGUGUGCACUGGUAAAUACUCAAAGGGCUUCUUCUAAGAAAGCAAAAGCCAAAAUAUUCGAAUAUUUCUGUAAAGACUUAUCGAGCUCGCUUGAACGUAUUUCUAACUCUACGGGGACAUCAGAUGUUAUUUUUGUUGUUGGUCGAAACGUGUAUCAUGGACACCAAAAAACACUAUCUUUAUUCAGUGAAAAAUUAAAAAAGUGCUUUCAAUUAGAGAAUGGAGAGGCUGACUACACUCAUAACAAUGAUUGUUUACUUAAAGUGACUCGUUCUGAAUCUUCCAAUUCCCUUAAAAUAUUUAUUGAUGCACCUGUUGAUGCUUUUGAAGUAGUACUGAAUUACAUGUCAACCCUGAAGUUAACUGUACCUGAAGAACUUAUGCCAGCCGUUUAUUAUCUAUCAAAAGGUCUACAGAUUCCUACCUUGCAAAAAAUAUGCACUGAAUUUCUAAUAAACAAUUUAUCAAUCAACUUUGUUGGAGUUCUUUGUCGUUUUGUUCAAUUCAAUGGACUUUAUACAAAAAGCAAUGAAUACACUGAUAGUGAUGAACUUUGCCUAUCUGAAAUCUGCUUAGCCAAAUCUCUGCAUCACUAUCUGUUAACAGAAGCGGAUAAAAUAGCCUGCUCUCAAACAGGUAUUCUCAGUGCUCGUCUUAUAGUCAACCUUACGGGGAAUUUUAAUUCAUCAUCAUCAGAAGACCAAGGCGAAGGCAAAUGUCAAGAACCGUCUAGUGAAUAUCUAGCCUUUGGUGUUUUACGUUGGGCAUUUGAACGGCUGUUGACUGGGGAGAGGUUGGCAAGAGCUGGAAGUGAUGACAACGUAUAUUCAGAUGAUGAAGAAAGUGAUGGGAAUAGUAGCAGUCAUGCUGGGGAGAAUAGUAGUGCAUCACAGCGUAAGCGGGCUGGUAGUCAUUUCCAGUUUUUAGCUCAAAAAAAUCUACUCAGUCGAUCGCGUUCAAAGGAUGUUGUUGGUGGUGGUAGUGGUGGUAUAUCAACGCCUCAAGAUGACUUGAUCUCUGAUGAAGAUGAUGCUGAUGCAGAAACUGAAGUUGAGGAGCGUGCGUGUAUUUCAAAUAAUCUGGAUCCAUUACGAUUUUUUAGUACGCAAGAUAUACGGAUUUCUUUGGAUAUAAAUGAUUUACUUUUGGGUAAAGACGAAAAUUGCAGAAGCAAAGUUGGAUCUCAGGAUAUCAAUGGUUCUCAGGGUAAAAAUAGUUUGUUAACUGUUUGUCUAACAACUGGAAGUCAAGCAUCUGAAACAUGUCUAUUGGCACCAACAACUCUUGGAGUUAGUUCAACAUCGAUUUGGUUAGGCAAAUUAGCUGGUUAUUUAGUUAGUCUAUCAAUAAAACGAUGUCAUCCUGCCUAUCGAUCUAUUCAACAGUUGGAUGAAGAAUUAAUGCUUGAAGUUAAUCAAUCACGAAGUCGUCAUCAAAGUCGUGGUUCUUCUCUGCCAAAUCAUAAUACUAGUAUGCCGUGUGGAUUGAAUAAUUGUGUUGAAAAUGGAUUAAAUGUGACAAAUAGUAAUGGGAAUGAUGGACAUUUGGAGUCACCAACGCAUUCAUGCCUCCCCGCGAAAAUGGAGAGUGAUGAUGAAGUCUGUCGAACAAUGACUGCCAAUUCUGCUUUACACUUGGCACGUGCCGCCGCUGUAGCUUCUGUACAUGAAUCAUUCAGUGGACAGAUUUACCAAAGUGAGUUGUUGUGCUGUGGUGGCGUCGGUGUCGGUGGCAGUAGCAGCACCAGCACUGACGGCGCAGCUAUGGAUACACCUAUGCGUAUGUUAGAAGCUCGAUCUGGUUUUGGUGUUGGACACUUGACUUGUGAUGAUGAUUCUAAGCGUCAUAUUGUCAUUGUUGGUGGUUAUACACGUAAAGGCUGUUUAGACAGCGUGGAGAUUUUUACUGAAAACAACAAUAAUAAUUCGAGUGAAUUAUGCAGUGAUGAAGAUUGUCCUGUACACCCACCUGUUGCUGGUCCACGAUUGACAAAACAAAGAGGACGUCUGGCUGUUGUCUCUAGUUAUUUACAAUCGCAUUCCAACUCUCCUGAUGUAAUAUAUGCCUGUGGUGGUUCUACUGGUUCUAAGGAUUUAGCUUCUGUAGAUCGACUAACUUCUGAAUCUCUGAAAUCAUGGUUUGCCAAUCACGAAGCAACCAAAAAUGGUCAUACUGAUAAUAUUAACACUGUUGAAUACACAAACGGCUCCCACAGAAGUACAGAGACUCGUUUACGAACUGAUUCACUAGUGCAUACCAACAACGGUACAUCAACAACAAAUGGAUCCGCUCCAGCAAAUAUUUCAUUUUGGCAACCUAUAAAAAGUUUACACGAGGCUCGAACUAAUCCAGUCGCUGUCGAUUUAAGUGGUCUUCAUCAAGGUCCACUUAUAUCGAAUGCAAAAGGAUCUAUUCUUGUUGCUGGUGGUGUAUGCGGUGCCCAAUAUCUAUCUUCAGUUGAAGCGUAUAUUCCAGAUAAAGAUGAAUGGGUUUAUAUGCCGUCUAUGUUACAAGGUCGACGUGAAGCAUGUGCCAGUGUUUUAACUACACGAAAUUUAAUCGUUGUCAUCGGUGGUGUAAUAAAUACAAACAGUGCAUAUAGAAGUAGUGCAAAUAUUACAGUGGAAGCAUUAGAUCCACGUUGUGCUGCUUGGUUCUAUAUUCCUAAUCCAUUAGCCAAUUCAAUUGGACAGUUGCGUAGCGCCAGUCUUACAUAUUGUCCAAAUAUAAAAGAUAAUUUAUUGUUAGUCGGUGGUUAUAACGGUAAUGAAACUUUGGAUGCAACAUGGAUAUUCGAUUCAGCUGCAUGGAAAUGGCGUUCUGGGCCAAAUCUACUCUUUGCUCGUUCGAGUUGUGGUGCCACACUGACAUCAGAUCAAAGAUGCAAUUUAAUAUUCGGUGGUUAUAAUCCAACAAAAUCUUCCUGUGGAUUCUUAGAUACAAUUGAAGUGAUUUUCUAG